AUGCCUCUCCCUCAGAUCCUCAUCGGCAAGGUCGCCGCCAUCACGGGUGGUCUCACUGGUAUUGGUCGGGCAAUCGCCCUAGAAUAUCUCCGCCACGGCGCAAAAGUAGCCAUCAACCACCUAGGAGGCCCCAAGGAGGACUCCCUUCUAGAAGCCCUGCAGAAGGACGUAUCCGACAUUGUCGGAGGCGAAGCGAACAAGUUUAUCGCGGUGGCCGGCGACGUGACGCAGCCCGAGACCGGACGGGAGUUCAUAGCCAAGACGGUCGAGGCGUUUGGACGACUGGACGUGUUUGUGAGCAAUGCGGGAGUAUGCAAGUUUGAAGAGUUCCUAGAGGUUGACCCGCCUCUUCUCGGCCACACCAUCUCAACGAACCUCUCCGGCGCCUUCUAUGCGGCGCAAGCGGCCGCGCGACAGAUGGCGUUGGCGCAGUCGCCUCCUGGCGGUUCGAUCAUCGGGAUCAGUUCGAUCUCGGCGCUGGUGGGCGGCGGACAGCAGACGCAUUAUACGCCGACGAAGGCCGGCGUGCUCAGUCUGAUGCAGUCGUGCGCCGUGGCCCUGGGCAAGCAUGGAAUCCGCUGCAAUGCGCUUCUGCCGGGUACGAUCCGCACCCAGCUGAACGACGAGGAUAUGAGCGACCCCGAGAAGAGGACAUAUAUGGAGGGACGAAUCCCGUUGGGUCGACUCGGCCAGCCUCCCGAUCUGGCGGGCCCGGCAGUGUUUCUGGCAUGCGAGGAGUUGAGUGGAUAUGUGACGGGCGCGCAGAUACUGGUUGAUGGAGGACUGUUCGUGAAUCUCCAGUGA